AUGCUGAUAUUUUUUGGAGAAAUUGGACCAAAUAUGAAUUGCACAAAAUAUUCGACGGUUGUUUGGGAUACUUGUAUCACAAAUUGUGAUAAUAAUGCAAAUUGUUUUGUGAGUUUGAAGAAAAAAAAAUAUGAAGCUAUUGAAGAAAAUCAGAGAAUUUACCAUAGAUAUCGUGAAACGUAAUAUUUACAGUUUGCCUACAGUACUCCUACUGUUUCAUGUAAUACUUGUGGUUAUGGAGGAUUUAAAGGGAUCACUUAUUCUUCCGAAAAAACCAAUUACACUCUUGCACUCAAAUCGCAUUCAACCAAUUGUUCCUACAAUCUCGAAAUGUUGAACUUGCAAAAAUUCGACGUUCUAAAACCAUGUAUUGGUAAUUAUCUCGUCCAUAUACGAGGAAAUAAUGUGAUAUGCACUCAAAGAUUGUAUUAUACUUAUACAAACAAACCCACUGCCAUGAAUUUUUGCACUCAAAAAUCAUAUGGAUAUGGUGGACAAUUAAUCGGUUUGGAUACUGAUGAAAAUCGAGUUGGAGCUAGUUCUACAACUUCCACGGCUUUAGCAACAACAUCCAGUAUUUGGAUAGGAUUGGAGCUCAAAAAUAGUGUCCGUGUAAAAACCUUGAUUUGUUCGACAAACUAAUUGUUUGCAAAACUUUGCAGGUCUGGACAUGGACUGAUCCUUGGAUGAUUGGGCCUGGAAGUAUAAAAUGGGCAUCGGGACAUCCAAUAACUGGAAAUACUUGUGCAUCUCUACAAUUUGGAACCGGCCUUUUACAAAGUGACAAAUGUUCAGCAGCAACUUGCACAUCACAAUAUUGCCCAAAUACGGUUUUAUGCGGUUUUAUUAUGCAAUAA